AUGAGCGGGACUGGCUUCCUCAGCGCAAUGUUGGACUACAUCGCCGACCCCGCAGGACGCGACGGGUGCGACCCUAGGAGCGCGCCUGACGGCACCAUGCUGGAGAGCAGGUUCCCUGCCUUCAACGACGUGCUGGGCUGCGGCAUACUGCCCACGAGUGAGGACGACGUCCUUGCCUCGCCGCGUGGCCAGAUGCGCGAGGAGGGCGCCAGCCGCUACAGGGGCGGCUUCGAGGCCAACCUCUUCCACGGCGAAGGUGUGCUCGAGUGGUCCUCGCGGGCCCGCUACGCCGGCGAGUUUCGGGCGGGCCAGUACCACGGCGCUGGCACGUUCGAGUGGCCCGACAGGAUCGCUGCAUACCACGGACAGUGGGCGGAGGGCGAGAUGCACGGCCGCGGCGUCCUCUCCGCCGCCGCCGCCGUGGGCGCCGCCGGCGAACCGCCGGGAGACCGCGAGCCCGGCGAGCGCUUCGUGUACGUCGGCGAGUUCAGCAGGGGCCACAUGGAGGGCCUCGGGCGCGUCACAUUUGUGUCGGCAGGCGAACGCGUGGACCGCUACAAGGGCAGCUUUUCCGCCAGUGUGCUCCGUGGGCCUGGCACCUUCACGUGGGCAGAGGGGGACACUCUCUCGGGCAUGUUCGAGGACGGCUACUGCAACAGCGUCGGGCGGAAGGCCUACGCCGACGGCCGCGUGUACCAGGGCGAGCUGCGGGAGGACCUGGAACACGGCAGGGGCGUGCUGCUGGCCGGCGGCGCCCGCGUCGCCGGCAUCUGGCGCGCGGGGGAGUGCGUCGAGGAGCUGCGCGAGGCCUUCGUGCCAGCGCUCGACCCCGACGCCGCCGAGGGCGAGGAGAGCCGCGGGUCCCCUGGCAAUCGCAACUGGAGCGGAGCGGAGGUAUUUUCCUUCAGGGUUUGGCGCUAG